AUGGUCAAGGGAGAGAGAUACGGAACGGGUCCGGAAUCCGGAGCAGGCCCAGGCCGAAAAUGGAAAGAGCAGGAGCCAAGCACGGACACAACCAAACUUCAGCAGUCAGAAGUUCAGAACUCGGUCGUGCCUGAGGAAAGAGCAAUGGGCAGCUUCAAUGGUGAGAUGAACUCGAAUCUCAACUUUGAAGGAAGGAGGGACGGGAACAAGAGCAAGAACCUUUCAUCAGGCAUCCAUCUAAGGCAGGCAGGACAGGCCCUUACCGUCGUAAUUACUCUAUUUUGCUCCAAGAUCGGGUCGGGUGGUCGGAGGAAGCGACGGGGAAAGGAGGGAAGCACCGCCCCGGCGGCCGGAGGGAGAGGUUCCCUUCCCAGCUUUCCCAUUUCAAAGGCCUUGUCAAUAACAAUAACGGACAUGGCAUUCUCCAUCGUUGAUGCCUCGUGCCAACCUCGUGCCCUCUCUAACAACCCCCCGACCUCUCUUUUCCCCUCCCCUCCUCUCAUAAGCCAUUCUCCAUCCAGCAUCGCGACCAUGAUGAACCCCCAGUGCCACGGCCCCCCCGGCCCCCCGGCGCAGCACCAUCAUGACACGCUGCUCUCAACUUCUUCACCGACCCCUUACCUAGGCAGGUCCCCAGGGACCCAGGCUGCCAUGCGCGCCAGGUCUCCAACUGGUUUCUCCAGCGCCUAA